GGUUGCCGGGUCGGUCGGGGCAGGGCCAGGCUGCGGCCUGGGAGCCGGUGCCGGAGAGCGACCCCCCUCCCCGCAGGGUGCGCGGGACCGCGCCAGGGGCGGCUCAGCCGGGCAGGCGGCAUCGCCCUCGCUUCCCCCCGGUGGCCAACUGUGACUGAUGUAUUCCUGGGGGUUUCAUCACAUGACCUAAUCUUUAAUUCAUCUUGAAUUCCUGGAGGCUCCGGGCCAGUCCUGCGCAGGGUUACCAACCCUCUAGGGUUGGCCUGGAGUUUCCCGGAAUCGGCAUCGGCUCUUGAAAGGGACUCAGGAGAGUUUAAGAGGUUAUUUUAAGAGCAUGAUGUUAUGUCAUGUGGGGGGAGGGGGGACUCUCCCGGAAUAGCUUCAGUCCCAGUUGGCAACCCUAAUACAGAGUGGGACAAGGCAAUACCAGUCCUUGAGCUGGGGAAGAUUUAGGUGAGGCUCAAUAGGCCGGCCCAUAACUCACCCCCCCGGCCGAGUGGACUGACUAGUAGCAAAGGCAGGUGAUGGGCUGGGGAGUGGCUGGUGCCCUUCACCAAUGGGCAGGGGAAGGGAGGCCCUGGGCAAGCUGUCUGUAUAGGUGUGCUCAUGCUAUGGUGAUACAUAGGAUCUCAUAGGAUCUUCAUUUGACCUGCUUGUUAUUUAAGCAUAAACAAAACACAGGAUAAGAAACUCCCUGCCAGAGGUUAAUAAAUAUUUGCUCUGCUUAAACAUAUACACAGAUAUAGUAGAAACUUUAUAAUCUUCACACUUAAUUGUCUGGUCAAAAAUGGCAGACUCUCCUCACAGCAAAGAUUUGACAACAUAGCUGUUGUCCAACUCAUUCUGCGGUUCUGCCUAUCAAGAUAUACCAACAUUUUUCUUAUAUUCUGAAUUCCUUUACUUUCCCCAUGGAGCGCUAUUCCACCUUUAAGCACCAGUUGAAGAGCUCCCAAAGCCUCCUUGUCACUGUGAGAGCCUGGAAUGGACCACUCGGUUCUGAAAGGACCUCACAGUUAAAUUCUUUCAGGAUCUUGUUAUUGGACCUUACAAGAAUCAUGCCUCUUCCAGACACCAUGUUUUGUGCUCAGCAGAUUAACAUACCUCCUGAACUCCCAGAUAUUUUGAAACAGUUUACCAAAGCUGCCAUCAGGACUCAACCUCAUGAUGUACUGCAGUGGUCAGCUGGGUAUUUCUCAGCUCUGUCGAAAGGAGAGCCCCUUCCUGUAAAGGACAGGAUUGAAAUGCCAGUAGCAACACAGAAAACAGAUACUGGGCUCACACCAGGCCUCCUUAAAGUUUUGCACAAGCAGCUUUCUCCGAAGGGCCGUGUGAGCAUGAUAGAACUAGAAAAAAAAUGGAAACAUCUAUGUUUGCCAGUGGAGCAGCUGAGAGCCCUUUUACAAUUGGACAACUUCGGUGAAGAGGUGGAAUGGCUGAAAGUUCUAGCACUUGGGUGUAGUAUACUUGGUGGGUCCUUAAUGACUUCUGUGAAGUAUGCCUGUGAAAUUCUAACAACUGAUCCAGAGGGGGGACCUGCUCGUAUUCCAUUUGAUACAUUCUCAUUUAUUUACACAUACCUGGCCAGUAUAGAUGGUGAGAUGCCAGACUACAAAGUUGAAGCUUUCCUCAAUGCUCUUAAGGGACAAGUAGAGAUAUUGGUAUCUACCUCCAUAAAGUGAUCAAGAUUCUUCUGUCUGAAGGCCAUAUCAAAGAACUUUAAGGAACUAUGCCAUUCAUUUAUAUUGUAUGUUCUUAUACGCAACUCAUGCCCAGUGGGUCUACCUCAGUGAAGAAAUCAGAUGUCCCAUUUUUUUCAUAUGAUGUCCUAGUGUCCCAAAAACUUCUUUUGGGACGCCUGAAAUAUCCUGUUCUUCAUGCAGUUGUCUACACGUAUUCCACUUGUGGUUCACACCUGCCUCAUGCACAGGAUCAGAUUCUUUUGAAUAGCAGUGACUAUUGGGGACAUGCCUGCACAAGUGUACACACACCCCUAUCCCAUCCCGGUCAUAAAGGGUAGAGCAGGCCCACCCAUCCUUCAGUUUCUUUUUACAGCUGUGGCAGUGAGAUGGAACCCUGGAAGUGACCACUUCUCUGCACACAGUGUGAUUCUGUUGCUCUUUUAGUAGUUGUUUCCUUAUUGUUGUUAGGUUACUACAGUUACUGUAGUGUUGUUUAAUUCAGGGGCAUUGAGGAUGGAUGGGUACCUGGUGGUCAGUCUGUCCUUCGCUUCCUUCCUCUAGAUGGUCAUCAAAACUGUAUGGACUUCAUACAAAAAUCAUAUAUGGUUUACAUCACAAUUUCACAUGGAUGUAGCUUCAUACAGAUCUGAAGCUAUCUGCAAUGAAAAUAUGAAAUCAUAUUUCAGAUAGUUUGAAAUAGCAAUUUCAUGUGAAUUUCACAACCCUUAAAUUCGUUGCCACAAAAGGGUCCUAAUGUUUGAUUUAGAAAAUAUGGUCAUGUUAUACCCAAUUUCUCUAAAUUAUGCCACACUCAAGCACUCAUUGUCAAUUUGUUUAUCUUAAUGCCAAUUCAGCAUUUGUUGUUAUUUAGUAUGAUAGAAGUCCCAGUUUUCUUUGAAUAAUUUUAACUUUACUGCAGUGAAAAUGCUCAUUGUUACUAAUUACUUGAUUACAUAAAGUGUAUUGUGACUAAUAGGAAUUGAACACAGCCACCCUAUCUGCUUUAAACUGCAAUACACUUUACUGAAUCCAACUUUGUGCCAAGCAGUCUGUCAUAUGAGAGACUGCAAUGGAGCAUCCUACUAGUUUAUCAGGGAGCUGAGGAACCUAUAAACAUAAUCUUUCAUAUUUAUGAAGCAUGUUUAUCAGCUGGACAGGAGCUGAUAGCAUGCCAGCUCAUAGACUCUGGGAACACACAGUAACAAAAGUAGAAACAUACAGGUGUUCAGGAUUCUGAGACAGAGGGAUGCCAAGGCCUUUGUAUGAUGGUUUAACCAUCUAGAACCUUGUGCAGAAAGCUGAAGACAAAUGUGCAUGGCUCUACAUCACAUUUUAUUUGUACAAUUGGCCACCAGUCCUUUCAGAUAUCCAUUUUAGCCCUUAAUGCCUGAACUAUCACUUCUGCAACAAAUUGUGUAAUAAAUAACAUGUACAAUGGUAACACGUGGGUCUUAGGGCUUUAUUGAUCUCAUAACUGCUUUGACACCAGCAAUGGGUAAAAAUGCUUUCUUUUCAUCUAAAGCUUCCUACAAGAUUGUGCUUAUUUCACUCAUAUGUAGACCUAUCCAUAAUGGAAUGGUGGAGAGGGGUGGUUAUGCCUUCCUCUGAACCAUUCAGCAUUGGUCACUGCUAGAGAUACUAGACUCAGUUGACAGUUCCUAUUGUGUAUUCCAAAACAUCACAGCUAAUACUGUCGGGGGUUGAGAAAAUAAAGACACCUUUUACUUUGAAACUAAGAAACCACAUGUACACUCACCCAAAGCCCUCUUGCCUUCUGGGGAAACAUCGCUAUUGGAGGAGGGUGGCUUUUCUGUGCAGUGGAGGCACAGCACAGCACAGUUCCCUUCAUCUGACUGAGAGGAGAGGACAAUAAUGCUUAGCUCUUCCAUGGUGCUUUUCUUCUGCAGCCAGUGUUUCAUUGUGACGUGUAAAGAUUAAGAAACAGUAUUUUAAAAUGUUCUGAGUAUGAUUGUUCUUUUCCAGAGAUCAACAGAAUGGCAUGGUGCAGCCCAGAAACUUUCUGACCCUGGCCUCCUAGAUCUGUUCUGCCAUGCCCUCACAUGGCCAGUGCGUGAACUACAAUCAGUGUGACCACACUAGGAAGUGUCAUUUUUAUUCAAUAGACCAGAAAUCAUGGGUUGCAAUAUAAAAGAUGAAAUUCUCAAAUCUUCACUUAAGAAGAAGAGGGAAUGGAUACUGUGCCCUAUUCAGCUGUUGCUCCCUUUCCUUUCUGUAGCUUAUUACAAGAAUUCUCAUCUUUUUCUGAUCCUUCUGUCCAUUUUCCAUUCAUAAAGAUCAAUAAGGUGUUAACUGAUCAUUGUUAACCUGCACUCCAGUACGAUGAUACUCUGUGUAUCCCUCCCUCCUCUCCCAAAUAAUGACACAUUAAAUGGUUUGUGGGUU